UGACAUGCCCUUUUGCAAUUACAUUAAAAGUGAACUCAAGAGUCUUCGUCCACAGAGUACAGUCAGUAGCUGUUGUUGCGCAGCCCAUACCCUCUGCUGUCCACACGAAUCGAACAGACUGAAGGGUACAAGGAGGGUGCUGACGGGGAUCUUUCCAAUACAAACAAAGCGGAGAGAUCAGGUGCACUGUCCACAGUGAAAGUCAUUAGAUCAUUUAAUCGUUGGCAAGCUGUUGUGUCCUGGAACGCAACAUUAUCCGGCCUUCCAGAAGUUCCACAUGGUUCUGCUUCGGCACAUAUCCAUCGCCCUAACUGCAGCGGUGGCUGCAUUUGGGUCCGCGAUGUUUAUCGCGUUAAAUUAUUUAUACAGAAGGCGAAUAUGGUCUCCCCAAGCGGAAUAUUAUAUGAUCAAAGAGGAGGAGGAUGGACAGCGCCAGGUGCUAGUCCUUGGCCUUGACGGAGCUGGGAAGAGCAGUAUGCUUCAGGGGUUGACAGCCACAGACGGAGACAAGAGAGGGCACUGCCGUCCCACCAGGGGUUUCAACUUUAUGAGCCUCAGUACCCCUGCCCGUCAGCUGCAUUUCCUAGAAAUUGGAGGGGCUGAGGAUUUGCGUAUGUACUGGGCAGAGUACCUGGGGAAGACGCAUGCCCUGGUGUACGUGAUUGACUCCUCUGAUAGACGACGUCUCCCACAGGCCAAGGCUGAGCUGCAUCGCCUCCUCAGACUGCACUCACAACUUCCUGUGGUGGUCCUGGGGAACAAACAGGACAAGCCAGACGCAUUGAGUGUGUCAGAGCUCCAUGAGGCCCUGUCUCUGGGGGCGGUGGCUGACAAGAGGAGGCUGUUCCUACUGGCUGCUCAGCUAGGCUCAGAUGGCCUGAUUGUCUCCAGUAAUCUGCAGGCCUUCCAGGACUUGCUCCUACAGCUCGUCUGA